UGUUUGAAGUCACGAAAGGUGGAAAAGACUCGAUGAAUUUGCCGUCUGACAAAGAUUCGACUAUCGAUCGUGAUAUGGACGGAACCAUAGUAGAACAGCGGCCAGCGCGCGCAACUUGGAUACUCCAGUCCAUAAUGGAAGGGAUCCUUCUACCAUGUUCCAGUCUGCUCCAGUCUGCUCCAGUCCAGUGUCUCGUGUAAUGCAUGGUGAUGCAUUGAUGCCGGAACGAUGUUUGACGGAGCGCGGCAGGUCGUUCCCUUGAUUUUCGUCGCCGCGAUUCUGCACCGUGCUUACGGCGAUAGCGUGAUCCGAGCGAGCGAGAAGAGGCACGGCGGCACGAACGACUAUCAGAUGUGCCUCGAGAGCUUCGACAUCCACAAGGACAAAAUUAUUAGGACCCAGGACUCCCGCGAUAUGGGUGCCAAGUACUUGAACGUCCUGGACGUUGACUCCAGAUUGGAUUGUCUGAAGUACUGUUGCGAGACCGAGCGUUGCGAUGUGUUCAUCUUCGAAGAAAAGAAACCGAGUAGCUGCUAUCUUUUCCAGUGUGGUCCAUUGCAUGACUUCAAAUGCAAGUUUACAAGGCAUGCGAAUUAUACAAGCGCUGUGCGCACGAGUUAUCCUAUACAGAAUGUACAAGUGGAAGAGGAAGUUAAAAUAUCUCAGCAGAGGUAUUUAAUCAAGUGUCUUAGGAAAAGCAAUGAGAUAACGUCGGAUUACGGAUUUACAGAAACACCUGUUAAACCUGUAGUCACACAAAUAUCAAAAGUAAUAGUAACUACACCAAUACCGGUCAAACCAGCUUGCACCAGAAAUCAAUACGAGUGUCGUUCAUCCGGAGAUUGCAUAGCUAUAUACAAUGUUUGCGACGGUAUUCCGCAGUGUGCAGAUGGUUCCGAUGAAGCGGCAGAUCUUGUAUGUCCUACGGAGAAACCGACAGUUCCUCCAAUAAUACAGAUGCCACAUCCGCCUGCCGAUAUCCUUCGAUAUCAGCAAAUAGUCAAUCAGCGAAAGCCUCUUCCUCCGUUCUAUCCUGGACCGGAGAUUAAUCCUAAACCUUGGGAUAUAUCGAAUCUGGCCCAUCAAAUGUCGCAGCCGCAAAAUAUUUUAUAUCCUGGCCAACCGGUAGAGGUGCCGCAAAUGCAAAUGCACAAGAAUUAUGGAUCGUCAGGAUACCAAUGGGAUUAUCAGCCUUUGUACGAGCAAAACAAGGAUCCUUACGUUCCUGUUAAUACUGUUCACGAACAACAUAUAAAUCCCUACGAACAACAACCACACAUAUUUAAUCACAAAGGUUCGAGCGUCAUAGAAAAUAAUGAAGCGAAUAGGGGGCUGUACAUGGAAUCUAAACAUCCGUAUUCUCCACAUUUUCCAUCGUCAAACAAAGUGCCAGUUUGGCAAGAAAAUCCUGUGCAGUUUUCACCAUCUGUUGCACCAAAUUCUCAACCCAAGCAAGUCAUUGAUGCAGAAAAUCUUUCAAUUACGACGACGCCUGCUUGUGAUACCUCGGAGGAACAUAAAAAUGAAUUGACAAAUGAAAAUAAAGAACCUGUAAAGAAAGAAAAAAUCGAUACGUAUUUGACACAUGUAAAGACGAGCAAAAAAGUCACUGAAAAACCAACUUUAUCAGCAAAUGAGGUUACUAAACAUAAUCGUGCAAAAGAAUUAAAAGAUCAUAAAACUGUGAUCGUAAUCGAAGAGCACGCAAAGACACAUGAGAAACCCGACAUUAUUGCGGAGCAUCUUCAAAUAAUUGAAAAUGACGUUUUAAGGCCCAAAGGUGCCGUGAUAUCGUUAUCAUUGGGACUUAUCGCGACCGCGAUUACAGCUGCUUUAAUUGUUUGCCGAUUGCGAGUAGUAAAACGACGAGGAAGAUGCGGACACGGACCUUUUGCACAUGACGCCGAUUAUUUAGUUAACGGAAUGUAUUUAUAAGUGAAUAUGAGUUGCUUAUAUAUAAUUAAUUGCAACCUAGUCAUUUAAUAUAUUAUUGCAAU